GUUCCAACAUGGGGACUACAGGACUCCAAUCUGCGUUAUGGCUCCUCUACCUGACGCUGCUGGUCGGCGUGCUCGCGCAAACUGUAACUGUUAUACCUAGAGCAAACACACUGAGCCUAUCUGCAGCAAACUCCUCUCAUCUGGGCCGCGUCUGCACGACCUGGGGACAGAACCACUGGAAGACCUUUGACGGAGACUACUUCCAACUGUCCUCCUCCUGCACACAUGAGUUGGUGGCACAGUGCCAAGAAUCCUUUGAAAAUUUCAACAUCCAGAUGAAACGCAAGAUGGUGGACGGCAUCUCCAGCAUUGAGCAAAUCUUAGUGAAGCUGGAGGGAACUGUGGCUCUCAUCAGCAGUGAGGGCGUGCUCAUCAAUGGAGAUCCGGUGACUUUGCCGUUGGUGUCAUUUGGACUGACAGUUAAAGAGACAACGUCCAGCAUCAUCCUUCAAGCAAAAAUGGGAAUCGACAUUUCCUGGAACCGUGAUGACUCCAUAGACAUUGAGAUGGAUGAAGAGUUCCGAGGGCAGACAUGUGGACUUUGUGGAAAUUUUGAUGGAAUCAACAAUGAGUUCCCAAGUGAUGGAUCCCUGUCAGUGAUAGAUUAUGCUGAACUCCACAAAGUCAGUCAGCAAAGAACUGUUUGUGUGGAACCAGAACAAACCAUUGCACAGCUCUGUGGAAGCAAGAGUGCCUGCGAGGAAAUCUUCUCCAGAGCUCCAUUUAGCAGCUGCCAAAACCUCCUGGACAUUGAUUCCUUUGUCACCGCCUGCAUGUCUGAUCGAUGCAACAGUGACGAUUCCCUUCUGUGUAAAACAGUCUCAGAGUUCUCAAGGCAGUGCAUCCAUGCAGGUGGACAGCCUCAGCAGUGGCGGAGUCCAUCUUUUUGCCCUAAGACGUGUCCCACUGGCAUGGUGUUCAUGGAGUGCAGCAGCUCAUGUCCCAACACUUGCUCCAACCCUCAGGCCUCCCAGACUUGUGACACCCACUGUAUGGACGGUUGCAGCUGCCCUGCUGGAACUGUCUUGGAUGACAUUGGUGAAAAUGGCUGCAUAGCAGUGGAAUCCUGUCCUUGUAUGCACAGCGGCAAGGCCUACAAAUCUGGAGAGUCGUACGAAUACAACUGCAGAUCUUGUACGUGCCAGAACGGUCGGUGGUCUUGCACUGAAAACGAUUGUCCAGCGACCUGCUCUGUGGAAGGGGGCUCCCACAUCAACACAUUUGAUGGCAAGGCCUACACAUUUCAUGGAGACUGCAGCUACAUUAUGGCACAGGAGAGCAGCGGCCUGUUUACGGUUAUGGGAGAUCUUGUCAAGUGUGGUGUGGUUCAAGGCAGAACCUGCCUGCGAUCAGUGACCUUAUCCUUGCACAACAACUUAGUGGUCAUCAAAGUUCAAUCAUCCGGUCAGGUCCUUGUGAACAAGAUUCUCUCUCAGCUUCCAUUGUUUACCUCUGAAGUGAAGGCCUACAAAGCCUCAUCCUUCUACAUCCACAUGAACACCAGGUUUGGCCUUCGACUGAUAAUUCAGCUCAGUCCAUUGAUGCAAGUCUACAUUUCAGCAGACAGUUCACGCAGAGGGACCACUUCAGGUCUGUGUGGAAACUUUAACAACAUCAUGAGUGAUGACUUCAAGGUGAACAGUGGGCUUGUGGAGGGUACAGCAGCAGCCUUCGCCAAUUCCUGGAAAACAAGAGCAUCUUGUCCAGAUGUUUCGACGCGCUUCACUCACCCUUGCAGUCAGGGAAUCAACAAAGAGGAGUUUGCCCAGUUCUGGUGCUCCAAACUCACUGACCCCAAUGGAGUGUUUGCACCGUGCCACAGUUCCAUCAGCCCAACAACCUACAAAGACAACUGCAUGUACGACACGUGCAACUGUGAGAAGAGUGAAGACUGCAUGUGUGCUGCUGCCUCUGCGUAUGUCUACGCUUGCUCAGCUGCAGGAGUGCUGAUUACUGGAUGGAGGGAUGUCAUGUGCAGCAAGUUCAGCACUUCAUGCACUCCAGGAACUGUGUAUGAGUACAGCAUGACCAGCUGUGGCCGCACUUGCUACGCUCUCAGCCAGGUGGACUACACCUGUGACUCAAGCUUCCCCUCAAUCGACGGUUGUGGAUGUUCAAUGGGAACAUACAUGGAUGAGAACGGCCGUUGCGUGUCUGCCUCAGACUGCUCUUGUUAUGAUGGAGAAAACAUAAUUCCCAGUGGUCAAGUGAUCAAUAAAGAUGGAGGAACAUGUUUCUGCAGAGAAGGACAUCUUAGCUGUGAAGGGGUGCAAACACAAGUGACACCCUCAUGCAAGGAGCCCAUGGUUUAUUUCAACUGCUCCGAUGUGACGCCCGGGAGUUCUGGAGUCGAGUGUCAGAAGAGCUGUGGGACUCUGGACAUGGCUUGUAUGAGCACAACCUGCACAUCAGGAUGCAUGUGCCCAAAUGGUCUGAUCGCAGAUGGACUUGGAGGUUGUAUCAGCGAGAGUAGCUGUCCAUGUGUGCACAAUGGAAAAGUCUACCAACCUGGAGAGACACUCACCGUUGACUGCAACACAUGCACUUGUCGCAACAGGAAGUUCACCUGCACCAACAACGUUUGCGAUGCUGUGUGUGGUAUCUAUGGUGACGGCCAUUACAUUACCUUUGAUGACAAGAGGUUUGAGUUCAGUGGAGAAUGUGAAUACUCACUUGCUCAGGACUACUGUGGCUCUGACAGUGGAAGCUUCAGAAUUAUUACUGAAAAUGUUCUAUGUGGAACCACGGGAACGACCUGUUCCAAAACCAUCAAGAUCUACCUCGGGAGUGACGAGUAUCUCCUCAAAGACGAGACCCUUCGAGUGGUUAAGGGCAGCAGCCCCUCUCAGGUAUCCAAGAUGGGCAUUUACCUAGUGGUGGCCAUCAAACCAGGACUAGUGGUCAUGUGGGACAAGAAGACCAGUCUGUUCAUCAAACUUGGUCCACAGCAUCAGGGAAAAGUGUGCGGUCUUUGUGGAAACUAUGACGGCAAUAGCAAGAAUGACUUCACCACACGCUCCCAGGAGACAGUAGCAGAUGUUCUGGAGUUUGGUAACAGUUGGAAGGUUUCAUCUGGAUGUCCUGAUGCCAAGCUAUCAACAGAUCCCUGUACCAGCAACAGAUACCGUGCAGCAUGGUCCCAGAGGCAAUGCAGUAUCAUCACCAGUGUCACGUUUCAAGACUGUCAUUCAAAGGUGGAUCCUGGUCCAUACUAUGAUUCGUGUGUCAGAGAUUCUUGUGCUUGCGACACUGGUGGGGACUGUGAGUGUUUCUGCACAGCUGUUGCUGCCUACGCAAAAUCUUGUAAUGAAGCUGGAGCCUGUGUAAAAUGGAGAACUCCAAAACUAUGUCCUGUGUUCUGUGACUACUAUAACGCCCCAGAUGGCUGUGAGUGGCACUACAAGCCCUGUGGUGCUGACUGCAUGAAAACCUGCAGGAAUCCCUCUGGAAAUUGUUCUGCUCUCAUCACUGGCCUGGAAGGAUGUUACCCACAGUGUCCACCAGCCCAACCUUUUUUCAAUGAGGACUCAAUGACCUGUGUUGCCUGGGAACAGUGUGGCUGUUAUGAUGAUCAGGGCACCAACUAUGGAAUUGGGGAUUAUGUACCAUCAGAAAACUGCUACAGCUGCUCUUGCAAACUGUCUGGAAUUAGUUGUGUCUAUGAUGUGAACUACUGCUCUUGCUUUGUCAAUGGGAAAACUUACAAGUAUGGAGAAACCAUUUACAACACCACAGACGGCCUGGGCAGUUGCAUGGAAGCUGUCUGUGGACCUGAUGGAGUUGUUAUAAGGGACGUCUAUCCAUGUCCAAAGACGACAACACCUCUUCCGACAACAACUCCAUUCACAUUCAGCACAGUUGUUACAACACCUGUACAAAAAAGCACAGCAGUGGUCACAACCACGCCUUCAGUAACUCCCGCUGCAACAACAGGCACCGCAGUCACGCAGCCACCGAUUGUCACCACUGGACCUGUGUCCACUGCUACCACUCCUGUUGUCGUGUCCACAACAAAGGUCCCGGUUGUCACAACAGCAGGACCAACCACAGCUGUUGUCACCUCAACGCCAUCUGUCGUCACCGGAACUACUAAAGUGCCUGUGGUUACCCCACCAGUAGGACCAACCACCCCUUCAGUCACAGCAACUCCAGGACCAACAACAGGCACAGCAGUCACGCAGCCACCGAUUGUCACCACUGGACCUGUGUCCACUGCAACCACACCUGUUGUCGUGUCCACAACAAAGGUCCCGGUUGUCACAACAGCAGGACCAACCACAGCUGUUGUCACCUCAACGCCAUCUGUCGUCACGGGAACUACUAAAGUACCAGUGGUUACCCCACCAGUCGGACCAACCACCCCUUCAGUCACAGCAACUCCAGGUCCAACAACAGGCACAGCAGUCACGCAGCCACCGAUUGUCACCACUGGACCUGUGUCCGCUGCUACCACUCCUGUUGUUGUGUCCACAACAAAGGUACCGGUUGUCACAACAGCAGGACCAACCACAGCUGUUGUCACCUCAACGCCAUCUGUCGUCACGGGAACUACUAAAGUACCAGUGGUUACCCCACCAGUCGGACCAACCACCCCUUCAGUCACAGCAACUCCAGGUCCAACAACAGGCACAGCAGUCACGCAGCCACCGAUUGUCACCACUGGACCUGUGUCCACUGCUACCACUCCUGUUGUCGUGUCCACAACAAAGGUACCGGUUGUCACAACAGCAGGACCAACCACAGCUGUUGUCACCUCAACGCCAUCUGUCGUCACCGGAACUACUAAAGUACCAGUGGUUACCCCACCAGUCGGAACAACCACCCCUUCAGUCACAGCAACUCCAGGUCCAACAACAGGCACCACAGUUACGCAGCCACCGAUUGUGACCACUGGACCUGUGUCCGCUGCUACCACUCCUGUUGUCGUGUCCACAACAAGAGUCCCAAUAGUCACAACAGCAGGACCAACCACAGCUGUUGUCACCUCAACGCCAUCUGUCGUCACCGGAACUACUAAAGUACCAGUGGUUACCCCACCAGUCGGAACAACCACCCCUUCAGUCACAGCAACUCCAGGUCCAACAACAGGCACCGCAGUUACGCAGCCACCAAUUGUCACCACUGGACCUGUGUCCGCAGCUACCACUCCUGUUGUCGUGUCCACAACAAAGGGACCUGUGUCCACUGCUACCACUCCUGUUGUCGUGUCCACAACAAAGGUACCGGUUGUCACAACAGCAGGACCAACCACAGCUGUUGUCACCUCAACGCCAUCUGUCGUCACCGGAACUACUAAAGUACCAGUGGUUACCCCACCAGUCGGACCAACCACCCCUUCAGUCACAGCAACUCCAGGUCCAACCACAGGCACCGCAGUCACGCAGCCACCAAUUGUGACCACUGGACCUGUGUCCGCUGCUACCACUCCUGUUGUCGUGUCCACAACAAAGGUACCGGUUGUCACAACAGCAGGACCAACCACAGCUGUUGUCACCUCAACGCCAUCUGUCGUCACCGGAACUACGAAAGUACCAGUGGUUACCCCACCAGUCGGACCAACCACCCCUUCAGUCACAGCAACUCCAGGUCCAACAACAGGCACCGCAGUCACUCAGCCACCGAUUGUGACCACUGGACCUGUGUCCACUGCUACCACUCCUGUUGUCGUGUCCACAACAAAGGUACCGGUUGUCACAACAGCAGGACCAACCACAGCUGUUGUCACCUCAACGCCAUCUGUCGUCACCGGAACUACUAAAGCGCCUGUGGUUACCCCACCAGUCGGACCAACCACCCCUUCAGUCACAGCAACUCCAGGUCCAACAACAGGCACCGCAGUCACUCAGCCACCGAUUGUGACCACUGGACCUGUGUCCACUGCUACCACUCCUGUUGUCGUGUCCACAACAAAGGUCCCGGUUGUCACAACAGCAGGACCAACCACAGCUGUUGUCACCUCAACGCCAUCUGUCGUCACCGGAACUACUAAAGUACCAGUGGUUACCCCACCAGUCGGUACAACCACCCCUUCAGUCACGGCAACUCCAGGUCCAACAACAGGCACCGCACUCACGCAGCCACCAAUUGUGACCACUGGACCUGUGUCCGCUGCUACCACACCUGUUGUCGUGUCCACAACAAAGGUCCCGGUUGUCACAACAGCAGGACCAACCACAGCUGUUGUCACCUCAACGCCAUCUGUCGUCACCGGAACUACUAAAGCGCCUGUAGUUACCCCACCAGUCGGACCAACCACCCCUUCAGUCACAGCAACUCCAGGUCCAACAACAGGCACCGCAGUCACGCAGCCACCAAUUGUGACCACUGGACCUGUGUCCGCUGCUACCACUCCUGUUGUCGUGUCCACAACAAAGGUACCGGUUGUCACGACAGCAGGACCAACCACAGCUGUUGUCACCUCAACGCCAUCUGUCGUCACCGGAACUACUAAAGCGCCUGUGGUUACCCCACCAGUCGGACCAACCACCCCUUCAGGACCUGUGUCCGCUGCUACCACUCCUGUUGUCGUGUCCACAACAAAGGUACCGGUUGUCACAACAGCAGGACCAACCACAGCUGUUGUCACCUCAACGCCAUCUGUCGUCACCGGAACUACUAAAGCGCCUGUGGUUACCCCACCAGUCGGACCAACCACCCCUUCAGUCACAGCAACUCGAGGUCCAACCACAGGCACCGCAGUCACGCAGCCACCAAUUGUGACCACUGGACCUGUGUCCGCUGCUACCACUCCUGUUGUCGUGUCCACAACAAAGGUACCGGUUGUCACGACAGCAGGACCAACCACAGCUGUUGUCACCUCAACGCCAUCUGUCGUCACCGGAACUACUAAAGCGCCUGUGGUUACCCCACCAGUCGGACCAACCACCCCUUCAGUCACAGCAACUCCAGGUCCAACCACAGGCACCGCAGUCACGCAGCCACCGAUUGUGACCACUGGACCUGUGUCCGCUGCUACCACUCCUGUUGUCGUGUCCACAACAAAGGUACCGGUUGUCACAUCACAGCAACUCCAGGUCCAACAACAGGCACUGCAGUUACGCAGCCACCGAUUGUCACCACUGGACCUGUUCACAGCAACUCCAGGUCCAACAACAGGCACCGCAGUUACGCAGCCACCGAUCGUGACCACUGGACCUGUGUCCGCUGCUACCACUCCUGUUGUCGUGUCCACAACAAAGGUCCCGGUUGUCACAACAGCAGGACCAACCACAGCUGUUGUCACCUCAACGCCAUCUGUCGUCACGGGAACUACUAAAGUACCAGUGGUUACCCCACCAGUCAGAACAACCACACCUUUUGUCACAGCAACUCCAACUCUAACAACAGGUGUUGUGUCUUCCGUAUUUACCACACAAACUUUGACAACAGCAACCACCUUAAUCUCUCCUAUCACAAAGACUCCCCCUGUUAGCGCGACUGCAUUUACUUCUGUUGUAACACCUACACUUUCAGCUGCAACCCCAGUUUCCCCUUUUACUACUCCGACGUUAUGCCUCUGCAAUGUGAAUGGAACCUCCUAUAGUCCUGGGGACAUUGUGUACAACGUCACCGAUGGCUUAGGGUGGUGUUAUACUGCCUACUGCAAUGCCUCUUGUGAAAUUGACAAAAAACACAAUCCAUGUGUCACGCUGAGCACCACUGUUCCAGCUACCACAGCUGUAUUUAUAAGCACUAUCCCACCACCCACUGUUCCCCCAACUAUAACCACCCCACCAUUCACAACUACUCUUGACUGUAUACAUUUGGAUCCACCUCGCAAGAAUGGAGAGACCUGGAAAACCGAUAAUUGCACAACAGCUACAUGUAUAGAAGGCAAUGUCGAAGAGAUUGCCAGCAUUUGUGCCACACCUCGGCCAAUUGUGUGUGCCAAUGGACGUGAGCCUGUCUUGGUCAGCGAAGAUGGUUGCUGCUAUGAAAAACAAUGUGAAUGUAUCUGCAGCACUUGGACAAAAACCCACUUCCGGACAUUCGACGGAUUUAAAUACGAUUUCAAUGGCCAAUGUUCUUACUAUCUGGUCAAAGAAAUAGUGAAUAAUUAUGAGCUCAACAUCACCGUAAACAAUGCAGACUGUCAGACAGAAGACCAAAGCUUCUGUCCCCAGUCACUAACAGUCACAUAUGGAGCCGAUACAAUAUAUUUAACUCAUAGUAAAAAUUCAGUUUCAGAAAUAACUAAUGAGGUUUAUGUGAAUCAGAAACGAAUCUAUCCUGCCUUCAGUAAUUCAGUGGUGCGCAUCACAAGCUCCGAUAUGGUUGUUAAAGUGGAGAUACCAGACAUAAGGACAGAAGUCGUCUACUCACCCACUCUCAUCCUUGUCUCACUUAGUUCUCAGAUAUUUAGUGGGAAAACGGAGGGACUGUGUGGAACAUGUGACAACUCACAGUCCAAUGACUGCCGUUCUCCCAACGGUCAGGUUGGCGAUUGUCCUACCACUUCAGGAGAGUGGACUGUACCUGGAGAACCAUGUGUCCCCACUUCCACACCAGUUUAUCCUACCACAACCCCAGCAUUCACAACCCCACCCACUGUUACUACUCCAGGAUACACCACACCAACUUCAAGACCCCCAACACCAACUUCAAGACCCCCAACACCAACAACUCCGUCAAUCACAACAACACCCACUGUUUGCAAACCAGCCAUAUGUGAGCUUCUAAGCAGCAGUGUGUUUGAGCCUUGCUAUUCAGUUGUCCCGUCUGAACCUUAUAAGUCAUCCUGUGUGACUGACAAUUGUGAUGGCAGCGGUAAUCCAUGUGACAGCCUGGAUGCUUAUGCAACUGAGUGUGCUCGUGAAGGUAUCUGUAUUGAUUGGAGAAAUUACACCAAUGGGCAAUGUGAGCAUGUAUGUCCUGCCAAUAAGGUGUACAAGGCCUGUGGUCCUAACGUGGAGCCCACAUGUAAUGACAGAUACAAUAAAAAGUACGAAGCCGACUCAUUCUCCCCAAACUCCACCAAAGAGGGUUGCUACUGUUCCGAAGGCACCACAUUGUUCAACACGGUCUACGAUACAUGCGUGAAGUAUUGUGAUUGCGUCGGCCCAGAUGGACGGCCAAUGAAGCCUGGUGAUACGUGGACAGCCAAUUGUCAAGUCUGCGAGUGUGACAGCGAUGCUAUGGGGAUCCAUUGUGAGCCAGUUAAAUGUAAAGAAGAAGAGGUUCCCGACUGCGCCGAGCUGGGACAAGUGCUCGUCAACAAGACAGAAGGCUGCUGCCCAAAACAGUCCUGCGAAUGCAAUGUAAACCUUUGUCCAGAGAAAAUCACUUGUGAAUUGGGAUUUUCACUCAACAUCACCAACAAUGGAACCUGCUGUCAAACAUACAGCUGCGUGCCAAAGGGUGUCUGUGUCUAUGACAUGACUGAGUUUGAGCCUGGUGAGAAGAUUCCAAAAACAGAACCAACUACAGGGCCUCCUACAGUGCAGCCUCCUGGAACAACACCAUCAAGACCCGUACAACCCUUAGGAACCACAGCAAGAACAACACCUGUGCCUUCAGGACCAGGACAGCCAUCUGGAACAACCUUUGGAAUAACUGCCCUACCUGGUCAACCAUCCAGAACAACAGCACCGCUGCCAGGACCUGGUCAACCAUCCAGAACAACAGCACCACUACCAGGACCUGGUCAACCAUCAGGAACAACGGCACCACUGCCAGGACCUGGUCAACCAUCCAGAACAACAGCACCACUACCAGGACCUGGUCAACCAUCCGGAACAACAGCACCGCUACCAGGACCUGGUCAACCAUCAGGAACAACGGCACCACUGCCAGGACCUGGUCAACCAUCCAGAACAACAGCACCACUACCAGGACCUGGUCAACCAUCCGGAACAACAGCACCGCUGCCAGGACCAGGUCAGCCAUCAGGAACAACAGUGUCGCCUCUUGGGCCCGGUCAACCACUAGGAACGACAGUAGGUAUAACAGCACCACCCUCAGGACCUGGGAAACCUUCAGGAGCAACAGCAGCAACAACAGUUCCACCACCAGGUCCAGGACAGCCUUCAGGGACAACAGCAAAGACAACAGCACCUGGACCAGUGCAACCUUCAGGAAAAACAUCAGGAACAACUGCAGCACCACCAGGACAACCAUCUGGAACAACAGCUGCUAUAACACGCCCCCCCACUGGACCUGGUAAACCAUCAGCAACAACAGCACUGACAACAGUACCACUACCAGGACCUGGGCAGCCAUCAGGCACAACACCACGAACAACUGUGGUGGCACCAGGACCUGGACAACCAUUAGGAACAACAUCAGGUGCCAGGCCAUCACCAUCAGGAGAAACAACAGCACCCCCAUCUGGGCCUGGACAGCCAAUCGGAACAACAGCUGGGACAAAGCCCCCCCCUCCCGGACCAGGUCAACCAAUUGGAACAACAAUUGGAGCUACUGCCCCUCCAGCAGGACCAGGUCCCAUUGCCACAACAGCUGGAAUCACUCCCCCACCCUCAGGACCUGGUUUGCCAUCUGGAACGACACCAAGAACAACAGCACCAGCUACAGGUCCUGGCCAGCCCUCUGGAACAACUGCUGCAACAAGAGCCCCACCACCAGGCCCUGGUCAGCCUUCAGGAACAACACCAAAAACAACAGGCCCACCAUCUGGACCAGGUCAACCCUCAGGUACAACACCAAGGACAUCAGUGCCACCAUCAGGGCCAGGUACACAAACAGGAACGACACCAAGAACAACAGGAGCCCCAUCAGGACCUGGGCAGCCAUCUAAAACAGCAGGAACAACAGCACCACCUUCAGGUCCUGGACAACCAUCAGGAACCACACCGAAGACAACAGGUCCACCAUCAGGACCAGGACAACCAACUGGAACAGCAGCUGGAACAACAGCUCCACCUUCUGGCCCUGGUCAACCUUCUGGCACAACAGCAGCAAUAACAGCAGUACCACCUGGACCUGGUCAGCCUUCAGUGACAACACCAAAAACAACAGGACCACCAUCAGGAAAAACUGUAGCAGUAACUAUUCCACCGUCUGGCACAACUGCACCCGCACCAGGGCCUGGUCAACCAAUUAGAACUACAUUUGGAGCGACAGUGCCUCCAACAGGACCAGGGCAACCCUCAGCAACCACAGCUGGAAUAACACCCCCGCCUUCAGGACCUGGCUUGCCAUCAGGGACAACACGUAGGACAUCAGUGCCACCAUCAGGACCAGGUCCACAAACAGGAACGACACCAAGAACAACAGGAGCCCCAUCAGGACCUGGGCAGCCAUCUAAAACAGCAGGAACAACAGCACCACCUUCAGGUCCUGGACAACCAUCAGGAACCACACCUAAGACAACAGGUCCACCAUCAGGACCAGGACAACCAACUGGAACAGCAGCUGGAACAACAGCUCCACCUUCUGGCCCUGGUCAACCUUCUGGCACAACAGCAGCAAUAACAGCAGUACCACCUGGACCUGGUCAGCCUUCAGUGACAACACCAAAAACAACCGGACCACCAUCAGGAAAAACUGUAGCAGUAACUAUUCCACCGUCUGGCACAACUGCACCCGCACCAGGGCCUGGUCAACCAAUUAGAACUACAUUUGGAGCGACAGUGCCUCCAACAGGACCUGGGCAACCCUCAGCAACCACAGCUGGAAUAACACCCCCGCCUACUGGACCUGGCUUGCCAUCAGGGACAACACCAAGGACAUCAGUGCCACCAUCAGGACCAGGUCCACAAACAGGAAUGACACCAAGAACAACAGGAGCCCCAUCAGGACCUGGGCAGCCAUCUAAAACAGCAGGAACAACAGCACCACCUUCAGGUCCUGGACAACCAUCAGGAACCACACCUAAGACAACAGGACCACCACCAGGACCUGGACAACCAGCUGGAACAGCAGCUGGAACAACAGCUCCACCUUCUGGCCCUGGUCAACCAGCUGGAACAGCAGCUGGAACAACAGCUCCACCUUCUGGCCCUGGUCAACCUUCUGGCACAACAGCAGCAGUCACAGCACCACCACCUGGGCCUGGACUACCUUCAUUAACAACACCAAAAACAACAGGACCUCAAACACCAUCGACAGCAGCAGUAACUGUGCCAAAAGCGGGCACAACUGCCCCUGUCCCAGGUCAACCAUCUCUGACAACAGUAGCAACAACAGCACCACCACUGGGGCCUGGACAACCUUCAGGGACGACACCAAAAACAACUGCGCCACCAUCAGGACCUGGUCAACCAUCAGGAGCAACACCAAGAACGACACUUCCUGCACCUGGACCAGGUCAGCCCUCUGGCACAACAUCAAGAACAUCUGCACCUCCACCAGGACCCGGUCAACCCUCAGCUACAACAGCUGGGACAACUGCCCCACCACCUGGCCCUAGUCAACCAUUAGGAACAACACCAAAAACUACUGGACCACCAUCUGGACCAAGUCAACCAUUGGGUACAACACCAAGAAUAUCUUUACCUCCACCAGGACCUGGCCAGCCAUCAGGGACAACACCAAGAACAACAGGCCCACCAUCAGGACCUGAACAACCAUCUAAAACAGCAGGAACAACAGCAAUCCCUUCAGGACCUGGACAACCAUCUGGAACAACACCUAGGACCACAGCACCACCCCCAGGUCCCGGGCAACCAACUGGAACAGCAGCAGGAACAACAGUUCCACCAUCUGGUCCUGGCCAACCAUCUGCCACAACAGCAGCAGUCACAGCACCACCGCCAGGACCUGGUCAACCUAGUUUAACAACACCAAAAACAACAGGACCACCAUCAGCAACAACUAGAGCCAUUACUGCCCCACCAUCAGGAACUGCACCUCCACCAGGGCCUGGACAGCCAUCAGGUCCAACAGCACCAGCACCAGGUACUGCAGCAACUACUGCAGUUCCUAUGGGACCAGGGCAGCCUUCAGGAACAGCAGGGAUGACCACAGCACCCCCAGCAGGACCAGGACAACCAACAAGGCAAACAGCAGGAACAACAGCACUCCCAUCGGGACCUGGCAUACCAUCUCAGACCACUGCAGCAACAACAGCAGCACCUCCUGGGCCAGGACAACCCACUGUGCAGACAGAGGCAACUACAGCACCACCAUCACAACCUGGACUGCCAUCUGGAACAACAAUUGGUGCAACAGCCCCACCAGCAGGACCAGGACAACCUUCUGGAACCACAGCAGGAACAACAGCUCCACCAUUAGGACCAGGAAAACCUUCUGGAACAACAGCAAAGACAACUGCACCCCCCUCUGGUCCAGGACCCAUUACAACUCCAGCUCUACCAACAGUGUCACCUGGGCCACCAUCACCAACAACAGCUAUGACCACCGCACAACCAUCAGGCUCAGCGCAACCGUCUGGUACAACUGUGGGAACCACACCGCCACCAUCAAUAACACUGCCAUCUGGCACACCAGUUACACCUCUACAACCUGGACCCUGCACAGAUUGUUACUGUGGUCCCAAAACGGAUCCCGAGACAGGGCUUAACAUAAUCUCAUGUCAGCCUAUUGUCUGCGACACGACCUGCGCUGAGGGUUAUGAAUAUGAACCUGAUCCAGUCAUGUGCUGUGGAAAGUGUGUCCAGAAGAGCUGUGUUGUUACUGCACCAGAUAAUUCUACACUCUUCAUUCGGGUCAACGAAACGUAUGUUUCCCCUGAUGAUCCAUGUGUCAAAUACACUUGUGAUAAGAUCGGUGAUACACUGAUGACGACUGAGAUUGUCAAGUCCUGUCCACCCUUCAACCCUGAUGACUGUGAACCUGGCACAGAGACGACUGAUGCUGACGGAUGCUGCAAGUCUUGCAAACUGCGCAGUGUCUGUGAGGUACAGACUGAAGAGAUCAUCCUGGAGACUGACAAGUGUAGAACAACUGUGCCGGUCAGCGUCACCUCCUGUGCAGGCCACUGUGGAAGCACAUCUAUAUAUUCUGCUGCAGCCAACUCCAUGAUGCACCAGUGUGAGUGUUGCCAAGAGGACGCUACCAGUCAGAGGCAGGUGGAGAUGACCUGCGAGGAUGGAACCAAGAUCCAGCACACCUACACCGUGGUGGAAUCAUGCCGCUGCACCAAAGCUGAGUGUGUGCCAGGGACCACAGCACGACCACGCCGCAGGAGACGAUGAGCACCGACAUACUGAGCGCCGUGAAUGACCAGAACAACUGACAUGUUUUAAAUCACAAUCUUUCACUUUUUCUUUUUGUCCUGUCAUGUGUUGGCAGGGUGUAAUGCUAACUUUCUUCAAUUUUCCCAGAAUCAUUAUGAUUAAAAUUAAUAUUUC